UAAACCAUGGUAAACAGGGCAUCACCUGCAAGGCUGCAUGCUAUUCAUGACUCAUUAUCAUGAUUAUGACUCCGAUAUUUGACAUAACCGUGGCGUGAGUCUGUCACCAUGGUCACGGCGGCGCAUGCACGUGACGGUCAGUUUAGUUUCAGCUUUCCUCAGCUCAGUUUCCUGAAACUACAACAACGAUUGCAGUGAGCCUGGUGAAUAUCCACAAAUGAAAGAAACUUUCACAAUGGGAGUUAUGUCGGUGGUCCAGGGCAGUGCCCGCUUGAAGUUUACCGUCUGGAGUUACCGGUGUCGGCCGUGGUCUUCACAUGUGGGAAUAAUUUUAAAUAUUUGCCGUCGCGUCCACCAUGGAGGUCGACGAAGGCCUUCAGAGUCGUCAAUUGGCUGUGUACGGACGCGAGUCUAUGCGACAGCUGCGCACUGCGAAGGUUUUGGUCAUCGGUAGCGAUGGCCUGGCAGCGGAAAUCUGCAAAAACGUUAUCUUGGCAAAUGUGGGAGCACUGACUAUUUGUGACCUUGGCAGGAAAGUGGUACCCUCUCACCUUUCGUCUCAUUUCUUUGUGGCUGAAGCCGAUGUUGGCCAGUCGGUGGCCGGCGUAUCUCUACCUCGUUUUCAGGAGCUGAAUGAUGCAGUUACAGUGUCCGCUGUGCAGCAACUGCCGGAGUCGUUGGAUGGCUACACCACGGUGGUGUGCGUCGGAGUAGACUUUGCGGAGUCAUGUCGGAUCAACGAACUGUGCCGAGGAAGCACCAAGCAGCUGUCAUUCAUCCGAUGCGGAGCGCAUGGGCUCUACGGAAAUGUGUUCUGCGACUUCGGGGACGCGUUUUGCGUCAACGAUUGGAAUGGAGAGACUCCUGCAGUGGUCGUUGUCAGCGGCAUUGCAGACCGAGGUGGCAGUGUGCUUGAAGUGCACUGCUACAUGGAGGGAAACAAGUCUGUGCCCUUCUGCAGUGGCGAUGUCGUCAGAUUCACGGAGGUACAAGGAAUGGCAGAAUUGAAUGGCCUUGAAUUCGAGGUGCUGAGUGCCACUAGGUGGAGUUUUGAGAUCCGCAAGCCAGCAAAUAUGUCAUCAGAGUAUAUUACAGGCGGUAUAGCCACCGAGAUCAAGCAGCCAGUUGUGCACAAGUUCCAAAGCUUGAAGGAAUCUCUCACUGGACCUGGAGCUUUUGUCCAAUGCGGGUAUCACGAGCCCGGACACUCAGCAAUGCUACACGUGUACGCGCAGGCCCUGGACAAGUUUCUUGCCCGGCACUCCACUUUGCCGCAACCCGGAGCAAAGGAACAUGUGGAUGAAGUUGUUGAACUGGUCACAGAAGUGGCUUCUGAUCUGAAGAGUCUUGGGCUGAGGAGUGAUACGAUUGAUUAUGCUCUGGUGAGACGGAUGGCAGCCACUUCGUCCUCUGUCAUCAGCCCCAUGGCGGCCAUCAUGGGAGGAAUCGUAGGACAGGAGGUGGUGAAGGCAUCCACGGGGAAGUUCUCUCCGUUGCGCCAGUGGUGCCACAUGGAGUUCUAUGAGUGCCUUGCUGGCCAAGAACUUAGCUAUGAAGAGGUUCAGCCCACCGGGAGCAGAUACGAUGACAUGGUGGCAGUCUUCGGCAAAACGUUCCAGGAAGAAUUGGCACAGCUUAAGUAUUUCAUGGUAGGCUGCGGCGCGCUGGGCUGUGAGUUCCUGAAGAACUUUGCAAUGAUGGGAGUUGCAUGCGGACUGGACGGAUCCAUCACUGUGACAGAUGAUGACAUCAUAGAGCGGUCAAACUUGACCAGACAAUUCCUGUUCCGGAAUCGUGAUGUAGGCCGGUCCAAGUCAGCAGUUGCAGCUAGAGCUGUGAAGGCCAUGAACCCGGACAUCAGCCUAGCUGUUCAUCAGGAUCGGUUGUGUGCUGACACGGAGGCUGAAGCUGUGUUCAACUGUGAUUUCUGGAAGUCCCUUGACGGUGUGUGCAACGCGCUGGACAAUGCGAAGGCAAGAAUGUAUGUCGAUGGAAAGUGUGUCCAGUAUGGACUGAGCCUUUUGGAGUCCGGUACUCUCGGCACACAGGGUAAUGUUCAGGUCAUUCUGCCCCACAAGACUGUGAACUAUGGACAGCAUAGUGACAAAAAAGCAGGACAAGUUCCCGUUUGCGUACUCCACAACUUCCCGCAUACCAUGGAGCACUGCUUGCCUUUGGGCAGAUCGGAGUUUGCUGGCCUGUUUGAAGUCAACCCUGAAGAGGUCAACAAGUAUGUCAGCUCAGCAAGCGGACACGACUAUGUGCAGUGUUUGAAGGACGCAGGAUCAAAGGCCAGUGAUAUCCUGGACAAGCUACGCGGGCACAAGAUCUGGGGCGGUGGCAUGGUGGACUGGAUUGGGCAUAACCGGAGGCCAAAGGUGUUUGAAGAUUGCGUGACCUGGGCCCGGCGCAAGUAUGAGAACUACUUUGUCAAUACCAUCAUCCAGCUGACGGCCAUUUUUCCAGAGAGCCACAGAACAUCUUCCGGUGCUGCGUUUUGGACGCCACCGAAGCGCUUCCCUCGCCCAGUGGCAUUCGAUUCCAACGAUGCGAUGUGCUUACAGUUUGUCAUUUCUGCCAGCAAUCUGUGUGCAAAGGUAUUUGGUAUCAAAGUCCCGGCAUCAAACCGUGAUGAGGCCUACUUUAAGCCACUCUUGGAGAAGGUUUCCAUACCAGAGUUUACUCCUAGCAAAAACGUUGUCUACGAGACGGAAGACGACAACGUCUCUCCACACCAGCCUGAUGAUGGUGAGGUGGAUGACAGUGAGACCGUCAGAUCCCUUCUGGAGAUGCUGCCAGCGCCUGGCGAGCUGAAGGAAGACUCAUUCUGCAUGCACGCUGAAGAGUUUGAGAAGGAUGAGGACACAAACUUUCACAUGGAUUUUGUUGGUGCUCUGGGGAACCUGCGCGCACGCAAUUACUCUAUACAAGAAGUUGACAAACUCGAGGCGAAGCUGAAAGCUGGCAAUAUCAUCCCGGCCAUUGCCACCACCACAGCUAUGGUGACAGGAUUUGUGUGCUUGGAGCUGUGCAAGAUUGUCAACAAUGUACCAGUCACAAGCCACAGGAACUUGUUUGCCAAUCUGGCUAUUCCGUUUUUCACCAUGUCUGAGCCGGAAGAAGCACCGCAGAUCAGAUCACGGGUGGAGAUGGACCGCCCGGACAAUGCCGUGCUGCACCAUGAAUGUGUGGAAACACAAGUCAUUGCCUAUCCAGAAGGCCACACCUUGUGGGACCAUCUCUGUGUGAACAAUGACCAUGACUUCACCCUUCAGGAAUUCAUUGACCACUUUCACAGCAAGGAUGGCCUGACCGUCACUUUCGUGACCGUACUGUCCACGCACGUCAUACUGUUCAGCACCAUGCACCCGCACAUGCAACAGCGGAGACAGGAACAUAUGACGCCGCUCAUAUCAACUGUUGGAAAGCUGGAUAUCACCAACAGGAAAGAAGCUCUUCUAGCGGUAGCCUUCACACGUGGCGAGUCGAAGGCAAUAGUCGAUGAAAACCCACCAGUCAAGUACAAUCUUUUUACUUGAGUUCUCUUAUGCACAUCAACAGCUCUUGGUGUAUCCUCUUUCUCUGUGUGUCACGGUCUGUGUCUCUCGGUCCCCCAUUUUUUAACUUUCCAAAUCUAAUCGCUGUAAAAAGUGUGUGACUCAGUUUGCAUGGUGCAGUUACACUGCUCUACUCUGUGUAGAUUUCACUGCAGUGUGUGUCAUGUGACCCUGACCUGCCUUCAUGCUGGUCGUCCUGGGGUUUGGGCAUGGGUACAGACAGCUGGCUUUGUCAUAAAUAAUAAAUUAUAUUCUUGCAACCAUGGACAAUGGGCAGAUUACACCUUUAACAUAACUGAUCCAACCACUUACACAGGUGCCGCUCUAUUUUUCACAAGUAUUAGUGGCAUCACUGCCAGGACCAUUAUUUCCUUCCUGGCUUUUGCGGCCUUUGUGUGUUCCUUAUGCACGUGAUUUUUAAUUGAAAACUGAAUCUCCGUAGAUAUGAUAAUAUAAUUAUUAUAAUAACUA